CUGGCGGCGGCGGCGGUGGCGCGGCGGCGGCGGCAGCGGCGGCAGCGGCGGCGGGCCAGGGCUGCGGGGAAUGGCAGUCUUAGGUCUUUGAUCGAGCACCGCCCCCGCCUCCCUGCCCCCCGACAUGGCUCAGGAGAAGAUGGAGCUCGACCUGGAGCUGCCUCCGGGUACGGGCGGGGGCCCGGCGGAGGGGAGCGGCGGCGGCGGCGGCGGCGGCGGCGGGGGCCUCCGGAGGUCUAACAGCGCCCCCCUCAUCCACGGCCUCAGUGACACUUCGCCGGUGUUCCAGGCCGAGGCGCCUAGCGCCAGGCGGAACAGCACGACGUUCCCGAACCGCCACGGCCUGCUGCUCCCGGCCUCCCCGGUCCGCAUGCACAGCAGCCGCUUGCACCAGAUCAAACAGGAGGAGGGCAUGGACUUGAUCAACCGGGAGACGGUCCACGAGCGCGAGGUGCAGACCGCAAUGCAGAUCAGCCACUCCUGGGAGGAAAGUUUCAGCCUGAGUGACAACGACGUGGAGAAAUCCGCCUCUCCGAAGCGCAUCGAUUUCAUUCCGGUGUCCCCAGCACCGUCCCCCACCCGGGGCAUUGGGAAGCAGUGUUUCUCACCCUCCUUGCAAAGUUUUGUGAGUAGCAACGGGUUGCCUCCAAGUCCCAUUCCCAGCCCAACCACCCGAUUCACGACGCGGAGAAGCCAGAGCCCCAUCAAUUGCAUUCGACCAAGUGUGCUUGGACCAUUAAAAAGAAAAUGUGAAAUGGAAACUGAGUAUCAGCCAAAGAGAUUCUUCCAGGGCAUCACCAACAUGCUUUCUUCUGACGUUGCACAGCUGUCAGACCCUGGCGUGUGUGUGUCUUCGGAUACCCUGGAUGGAAACAGCAGCAGCGCUGGAUCUUCGUGUAACUCACCCGCGAAAGUCAGCACUACCACCGACUCGCCUGUGUCACCUGCCCAAGCGGCCUCUCCCUUUAUUCCAGUAGAUGAACUUUCAUCUAAGUGACACCACCCACCCAUCCCGAGACUUGUUUGGUUUAUCUUUCCCCCCCACAGAGGGGAAAAAAAAAAUUCAAGCUGGAGCAAGCACUGAACUUUGUGGAUUCAUUGGAGGCUUUUCCCUUUUGACCCCUUUCCUUUUUUUUUUUUAAUUUUCUGAAAUGUUGUUAUUGUAGAGAACUUUUAUGUCAGAUUCCUGCAGAUACCCUUGAAUUUAGUGUAGUAAUAUUUUCAGACUUUUUCCCAAUAAGUGUGUUGAAGCAUACAACUUUACGCUGCUAAUAUGUCUAAAUACA